AUGACUAGUCAUUUCGAAGAAGAUAUCCACGACCGGGGAGACAGUAAGAGUAAACCGCCCACUCUGCUCUCCUCCUACUGCAUCGACAGUAUUCUGGGCCGACCGAGCCCCUGUAAAGUCAGGCUGAUAGGGGCGCAAAGUUUGACAGCUCUACCCGGGAGACAGGAGGACGACAAGCAGACCGAAGGCUCAACUAAAGACCACCUAUCAACAGACACAGACAUGCACCUUCCACCAAAGCUGCGCCGUCUCUACGGACCAGGCGGGAAGUACCUGGACCACGGACGGGUUUUAGUUCACGACCUCGAGGAGAAAUUGGAUAGGGAAAGGCUUCUGGUGGACCAAGCCUGCGAGAGUCUCAAAAUCAACCAGGCUCCACAGGUGAGCAUCAGCCGGAGCAAGUCAUACCGGGAGAACGCGUCCCUAAGCCGGGGAGAGGGAGGUCAGAGCCCCGCUGGUGUGCCGGAGGAUGGACCCGGGCUGAGACUAGGGCUGAUGAAGUUCGAGGACGCGGGGAAAGAAGAGGAGAGCUGUGGGGAGGCGAUGGGUCUCUCCCCGAAGGACGAGGAGAGGGAGAGCAUCCACGCCGGGGAUGGAGACGUGAGGGACGGCGAAGACAGCGUGUGUCUGUCGGCAGGCAGUGACUCGGACGAAGGGAUGCUAAAACGCAAGCAAAGAAGAUACAGGACUACCUUCACCAGCUAUCAGCUGGAGGAGCUGGAGAAGGCUUUCCGGAAGACACACUACCCCGACGUCUUCACCAGAGAGGAGCUUGCGAUGCGGUUGGAUCUGACCGAGGCGCGCGUGCAAGUGUGGUUUCAGAAUCGUCGUGCUAAGUGGCGUAAGCGUGAGAAGGCAGGUGUCCAGACACACCCCUCUGGCAUCCCUUUCCCCGGCCACCUUUCUGCCACGCACCCCCUCAGCCACUACCUGGAUGGGGGUCCCUUCUCCACACACCACCACCCCGCCCUGGAGUCUGCCUGGACCGCCGCAUUUCCUGGUCUAGCUCCUCACCAUAGCAACCACUCGGCCCAGCACCAAGGGACACCGCUGGGCCUUGGAACAUUCCUGGGUGCAGCUGCCAUGUUCCGUCACCCCACCUUCAUCGGGCCCACCUUCGGCAGGUUAGAUAAUAGGUACCUCUACCUACGUAACCCUGUAUACCCAUAG